GGGGCGGGGCGUGCGCCUCUCCGGCCGGGCGCUGCCCGGGCCCCGCGGGGCGGGUGGGUGCGCGUCCGCCUGGCUCCCGGCCACAGCGGCCGGGACUGCGCCCUGGCUCCCGGCCCGCGCCCCUUCCCCGCCCCGGCCUUGCCCGGCUGCGAGGGAUCCCUGUUUAUCCCGGGCCGGUGGGGGGACGGGACGCGGCAGUGAGGGCCACGGGGAGGUGCUGCGCUCUGCGGCCAGCCCGGCCCGGCCCCGGCGCCCUCCCCGCUGCUCUCGGGACGUGCUGCGGGCCGGGCACCGGCUCCCGGGCAGGGAUCCCCCCGUUUUGGGGAUCUUUGUGCAGCAAGCCGACUUUUUACCCUCGCUAAGGCAAAUUUGGAAGCAAAAGGGCAAACCAGAUGUUUUGGAGUGAUAACAUAAAACUCUUUUAAAAAAAGGACCUUUCCUACAAUGGCUGCAGUGCUCUCCAUGAUUUCCCACUGAGUGUAACGCAUUGUCUCAUAUGGAAUGUGUGACAGUAACCUUCUAUACUAUAAAAAGCAUAAGUAAAAAGAUCUGACUGGAUUUUUUUUUAUUUUAAACUCUAUUCAGCAUUGUAGCAGAUUGGUUAUUGUGGUUUGUGUUUUGUUGGUGUGUUUUUUCCAGUUGGGAUGAAACUCAUUUUGGGAAGAUGGGAAGUUACUACAUUAAUCGGACCUUCUUCUUUGAUGUCCAUCCCCCUUUGGGGAAGAUGCUGAUUGGGCUUGCUGGCUACCUUAGUGGAUACGAUGGUACAUUUCCUUUCCAAAAGCCAGGGGACCGAUAUGAGCAGCACAACUACGUAGGCAUGAGAGGGUUUUGUGCGUUUCUUGGCUCCUGCCUGGUUCCUUUUGCCUACCUCACAGUGUUGGAACUGUCAAAGUCGCUGCCUGCAGCCUUACUCACGGCUUUCAUCCUUAUUUUUGAUACAGGCUGUAUUACAUUGUCCCAAUAUAUCCUGCUGGAUCCCAUUCUAAUGUUCUUUCUCAUGGGAGCAGUUCUCAGUAUGGUGAAAUGUAACAGCUGUGCAGACAGGCCAUUUUCUGCCUCCUGGUGGUUCUGGCUGAGUCUGACUGGUGUGAGCCUUGCUGGAGCAAUGGGGGUAAAAUUUGUUGGCCUUUUUGUAGUCCUCUUGGUUGGCUUGAACACAAUCUAUGACCUAUGGGACUUGCUGGGGAACCUCAGCCUGUCACUGGUCAUGUUUGGGAAACAUUUACUGGCUCGUGUACUCUGCCUCAUCGUCCUCCCACUUGCCCUCUACACGGCUAUGUUUGCUGUUCAUUUUGCAGUGUUAAAUAGAAGUGGUCCUGGGGAUGGUUUCUUCAGUUCAGCAUUUCAAUCCCAGCUGAUUGGGAACAAUCUUCAUAAUGUCUCCGUUCCAGAGCAUUUGGCAUAUGGGUCUGUGGUGACAAUGAAGAACCUUCGGAUGGCAGGGGGAUACCUUCACUCCCACUGGCACCUCUACCCGGAGGGUGUUGGGGCUCGCCAGCAGCAGGUCACUGCUUACUUACAUAAAGAUUUGAAUAACCUGUGGAUCAUAAAGAAACAUGACUCAGAUACAGCAGAUCUGUCUGACCCCUCAAGCCCUGUGGAGUUUGUGAGGCAUGGAGAUAUUAUUCGUCUGGAACAUAAAGAAACUUCUAGAAAUCUGCACAGUCACCAGCAUGAGGCUCCCCUGACAAGGAAGCAUUUUCAGGUCACUGGCUAUGGAAUAAAUGGAACGGGAGACUCCAAUGACUUCUGGCGGAUUGAAGUGGUGGGCAGAAGGACUGGGGAGCUCAUCAAAGUCCUACGGAGUCAGGUCCGGCUAACCCAUGUGGCCACAGGCUGUAUAUUGGGAUCUUCUGGAAAGACUCUGCCAAAAUGGGGCUGGGAACAAGUAGAAGUCACCUGCACACCAUACCUGAAGGAGACACCCAAUUCCCUCUGGAACUUUGAAGAUCAUAUUAACCCUAAAUUGCCCAAUAUCAGCCUGGAUGUUUUGAAGCCUUCUUUUGCAGAAAUUCUGCUAGAAUCUCACAUGGUUAUGAUCCGGGGAAACAGUGGCCUCAAACCAAAGGACAAUGAAGUCACAUCCAAACCUUGGCACUGGCCCAUCAAUUACCAGGGACUGCGUUUUUCUGGGGUCAAUGAGACGGAUUAUCGGGUUUAUUUGCUUGGAAACCCGGUGAUUUGGUGGCUAAAUCUGGUCACUAUUGGGUUAUAUCUUCUGAUAACAGUUGCCACUGCAGUGGCACUGAAGAGAGGUGUCCGACUGACAUCUGAACUCAAAGAACUGUCCAGAGUCGUGCUACGUGCUGGAGGGCAGAUCACACUGGGCUGGCUCCUUCAUUACCUCCCUUUUUUUAUGAUGGGACGAGUUCUCUACUUCCACCACUACUUUCCUGCCAUGCUUUUUUCCAGCAUGUUGACAGGAAUCACCUGGGAUGCACUACUGAAGUUCUGUGCUGGGCUCUUGUCACCCAGCACUACAGCUAGAAAGGUAUAUGGAGGGGGAUUCCUGGCACUGGUUCUGCUCAUCCUGUACAGCUUCUACCUCUUCCAUCCGCUGUCCUAUGGGAUGAUAGGACCCAUGGCCUCCAACCCGAGCAGCCCCAUGGCAGGGCUCCGGUGGAUGGACUCCUGGGAAUUCUAGAGCAAAGGAAGCCUGGGAACAGCAGAUCAGGAACAUGAGAUCUGCUGCAUGGCAGGCUGAUUCUGGUGCUUUGAGGACGUGACUGUAAAAGGCCCUCUCUGGAGGACUCUGGGUAUAGUAGCCCUGUUGCUGUGGCAUUUGUUUGCACUGCCUGCAUUGGAAGAUGCAGAGGAUGACAAGGUCCCCUUAAAUUAAAAGACUCAUGUCCUGAAUCCUUAGGUUAUAGUAAUGGACAACUGGCUGCCUGAAUGCCAAUUCCUUGAAGCAGUAUAUGUCAGUCCAACUGCAGUGGCAUUCCAGCAGCCAGACCAGUACAAGUUGGAGGCUGUCUGCAGUUGCAUGCACAUUCUAUGCAUGUGUGCGUGUGUCUUCUUGUCAUCUAAGCACCACUACAGUUUGAAGCACUACAGGACUUCUAUCAAGAUUAACAGCCUUUCUUAUGAUGAGGUUUUUGAAAGCUUACUGUAAGUAUCUGGGGACCUUCAUUCUACCUGCCUUGGCUGUCUAAAGGUUUUUUUGUUCUGACCCUGGAUUUUUAAAAUUUGACUGAAAGGGUCUGUUUGAAAUCUCCUGAGCCAUUGUGCCUUACCUGUCUCCCAGGCCCUCUGCAGAGAUGGAAAUUCUUUAUUCCUAUAUACUGCCUUUCUCUCUGGUCACCUUUCAUCAGUUGUACAACUCACCUAGCAGGCCUGUUUUCAGGGCCAGACUGUUCCAGCUCAGCUCUUUGUAGCUUCUUUCAGUUCUGUCUGAAGGUGCCAAGGAAAUUACAGUAGAAAUGACAGGUGGUUUAUUUUCAGCCCCAGUAUGCUGUGGAGACCAGCAUGGGGAGGUACUGGAGACUGUAAAGAUAGCUUGGAAAUCUUACAGACAGCUGUCAUUCAGCUUUUGUUCCCAGCUAUUUCAGUGCCAGUGCCUGUGCUUUUAGGGGAAGGCUGCAUCUCAAUGCAUGUGGCAUCUGCAAAACGGGCUGCUGGUGCCAAAGUAUCUGCUCUGUGUUCCCGUAUUGAACAAGUUCCUUCUCUAGACUGCUGAACAUCAAAUUACAAGGAAAUGCGAGACCAGGCAAAAAUUCUUUGUGAAGUGUCAAGAGCGAUUGAAUGUUGAAUCCACUCCUUCCAAGAAAGUGGAAUUUGAUUUAUCAGCUGCCUUUGUCCUGUGUUGAGUCUAUUUUUAGUCUAUGUUUCUUUUAUUCUAUUCUUCAUCCAAUGUCAGUUUCUUGUCACACAGUUCAAGUUGCUACCUUGUAGUAUCCAACAUGAAUGACACUUAGAUCACAGCUGUAUUCUUAUCUUAAGAAGUAAUAUUUGAAAAACUCUUUUGUGUAUGUUUCAAUGAACUCAUGCCUUUCAUUUCAGAGUUCUUGAUUUGCUUCAUAGCCUUGCAUCAAAUUUACAGGUAGAGGGAGAGUAACAGGUGGUGUGUCUGCCUUUAAAAAUGGACUGUGCAUUUAUUUCUCUUACCAGAUCUUGGAUUCCAGUACAUUUCCUGCCACACGGAAGGGCUGCAUUGGCAUAGUUGUUCUGUGAGGGGGACUAGACUCCAGUCAGACUUGCUUUGGUUCCUCUUUAGUAGAGAUCCACAGCAUCAUUCAGCAAGGCAGCUGCUGGCUUUGUGAGGCUCUGGCUUGGUAUGUCACACCUCUCCAGAAACUGACUCCUGUAGAUACUAGCUCACAUGGGAUGGGCCUGUGCUUUUGAUUCUAAAGGUUUGGAGUUGAUCACCUGCUGCUUAUACGUGGUGGGAAGUCAUUGCAAUAAUUAGCUGCUGGGUUUGAUGAUUCUUUUCCACUUGUUAUUGCAGGAAGUGCUCCUACCUGCAUGAGCCAGGAAUUCACAGAGGUGAUAUAUAGGCAAGAAGGAUGUGGGGGAAGGCUGCAAACUUCUUCAGAACCUGCCAGAUCUGACAGCAGCAGCAAAUUGUUUACUGUUAGCAGUGUGGAAGGCAGACAGUGCAGUGCUGCCUUGUAACAAUGUGAUCCACCAUCUUCUACUCUUGGUGAGAUUAUCGACUUAAUACAUUGCUCUCCUCAAUAUGAGCUUUCUCUAAGGGAGUCCCGUUGUCAUGGGGAGGAUUUGCCAGAAGAGCUGGCAAAAGCCAUGAUGUAAAGUGCAGUUUUUUUCAACACAUACAAUUAUGCAUUUCCCCUUAGCAUUACAACAGAAAAAAAUCUAAGAAGCUUGUGAGUGUUUUGGAAUUACUGUUUGUAACACCCUUUAUUCAUCAUAUUAAACCUGGGGAGUGCAAAAAUUGAGUCAGCAAUCUUGGUUUCUUCAGUUAUUAUGAAGGGGUCAGUUUUGUAGGAGUUGCCUGAGGAAGAUGAACUAGUCUGUUUCUUGGCUAGGAUCCCUCCAUCCUUUAUUACUAAUAAUCUUUUGGAUGUGGAUUGGCAGCUGAGUGCUGAAGGUGGCAAAUUUAAUGCUACCAUCCCACUUUCCUAUGCACAAGUCCAGCUUCUGUUUCAACACAGACAAAAGGUUUAUUUUUCUUUAGGACUGUCACUUCAGUUUCUUGAGAGCAUUUGAUUGACAUUGAGACUAUUUCUUAGGUCUCGAGUGCUGAUAAGGGGGUGGAGGCAUACAGUGAAAAAAAUCUAGCUAUUCCACAAGAGGGAGCAGCUUCCAGCAGAAUUUUUAUUUUUGUUCUGGAGUUAAAAGGAUUGAAAGGUCUACAUUGAAGACUAGAUGGCAGACAUUCCCUGUGCACUCUCUGGACUGCAAAGGUUGGGUUUUCAAGUAAGUGUACAUUGAUGUAGCUCUGUCUUCUUUCAGGAGAAAAAUACUGAAAAAUUACUCCAGUUAGAAUUUGACCUUCAGUAUUUGCUUCUUAAAACAGAAUCUGUCAGGCCAUUAUUGAAAUAUAAUAGUAACUGAUAUUUUAUGAGGUCAAUAAAAUACAAUAAUUUGGAUUUCCUUCCUGACUCUGUCUUGAAAUAUCUGAGUGGUACAGACAUGAAGCAAUGGGUGCAAGGCACUCUUUGCUUUUGGGAUGGAAUUUGGGCUGCCUUGGUUCAGUUUUUCCCGUUGUGCUUGUGGAAUGAGUUCAGGUUCUUUUUGAGAACUGCUCAUUAGUCUUCUGCAGUCACGUGGAAAUAGCUGAUGGUGCUUUCUGAGGCCAGAAGGUGCUGUUCUCUGGAGCAGCUGCUCUCUUUGAACCCUGCUUGACAGGGCUCCUUUUAUCACUGACAGAGUAUUUCAUCAAACUGUAUCCAUGGAUUCAAAUCACAAAAAGCUGCAGGCUGCCACAUUCCCUGCUUCAAAUUCUUUUUUGUGUGUACACUCUAUUUUCAACUCUUCAGUCUCUGAAGGAUAGAUAGAGGGCCUCUAGGCUCAUCCAGCUUUAUCCUAGGCAAUCCAUCCAACUUAAAAGGUUUCUGCUAACAGUCGCUUCAGGACAUCGAUACGCACACAUCUAUUCCAGCAGCAGGGACUGGCCUAUUUCCAGGAACUGGACCACUCGUGCUAUGAGACACAGAUGUGACUGUGAGGAGGAUUUGAAUGGAGAUUACUGUGCCAAGGUUGCCCUUGGUCCAGGUGGAGGACUUUGUGUCAUCGCUGUUUGCCACCAUUGUUUGCAGCCCUGGAAGCCACCACCACUCUUUAGUCCGCACAGGCUUUUGCAUCUUGAUUGGAAGGGCUGAUUGAUGCACAAAGGGCAUUGACAGAAUAUACUUUGUUAUAUCUUCCUCCUUCUUUCUGUUCUUGAGGAAUGCCCGAAGUACAGGACAUGUCUUUGCUUCCCCUAAUUUCUGGGCUAUGCAUCCAUUUCAUACAGGUGCCUGGACAAGGGAUAGGACAGGACAUCUUGUAGUAGUCCAAGUGAAUGAAUACCUGUUACAUGGUCUGAGAGCAAAACCAGAACCUUGUUAUGGAAAGGUAAACAAAUGUGUUACAUGAUAGUUCCCUCCUGUCCCUCCUGAAUCCUUCAGAGAAUUGUUUUUAAGGGACUUGAGAGCAGACCAACUGUUAACAUGGAAACACAAGGCAUUUACCUGAAAUUCUCCAUUGCCACACUUAGCAGCUUCCCUUCCUUGCUGUGACUGAGUAACCCUCUGGGCUGGCACUCUGUGCACAAGCACUGUUUCCUCCUCUCAGGAUCCUGCUGGCAAUGUGAAAACCUCCUUAGCAGUGCCCUGUGUCUCUGCCAGCUGGGGAAUGUAGGUAAGAUAUUUCUUUUUCCCCUUCACAGCAAGUGACCCCAUGACCCCACACAUGGGCAAGCGUGUCAUGAAAGCAAAAAUGUGUGGACUGUUAGAACAACAUAAGGCUCUUCCCUGCUGGGAGAGGAAGGCUGAGGAUAAGAACACCACCUCCGUAGCAUACUUUCUUUGGGGCGGGGCUGUUGGCUGCAAGCAGUCUGGACUGAAAAUUCUCUGUCUUCUUUAAAGUACUAAGACUUUGGUUGUGUGGUCAGUUGUGAGUUGCUUCACUUUGUAAACUUUUUAUGCUCUUUACUUGAAUGUCAAGGGCUAUGGUUAUCACAAAUAAUAUCUGAGGCUAUCACAUGUUAGCAUAGAUACCACUCCUGCUGAAUUUGUAAUUGAUUCUAAAACUUUGCCAAGUGAGCUUACUGUGCUUUACAAGAGACAGGGUUUAGAGCCAUCUUUGAAGAGCUUGCCCCUGGCUAAGCAAGAGUUUGGAACAACAGUGAGAGGAGUUCUUUGGUAAUUCUGUUCUAUAUCCCGAACCUUUCCUACUAAUGCUGGGGGAUGUGUGUGUGCAUCUGUCUGAACUGAAUUCUUUUAACUAUGGUGCAAUUACUGUACCAUAUGGUGUGGAUGGGAGAAUGUUCCCUUGAGCUAUAAAUGUGUUUUGUACAGGUGAUAAUGGAAAACGAGGUAGAAUUUGGAAUUUAAUUUUGUAAUAAAUAUCUCUUAUUUGAAGCAAUCUCUUUGUGUCUAGAUUUAGGGGUGGGUUUUUUCCCCCUUUCAUUUCAUCCUUACAUACAUGCUUGAAGUAACAACAUGAACUUUAAAUGGGCCCAUUGGAGAAUUUAAUCUAGGAUAGUGAUGAUGUACAUCAGCUUUUAGCACACAAGUAUUGCUGGACUGCAAUUCUAGGAGAUCAGAUUUUACUGCAAUCUAAGCAAUGUAUUGGUAAGCACAACAGGAAGGGAAACAAGUACAUUUGGACAAGAAUAAAGUACUGUCUGUCGAAGCAGGUUUAUUUCUCCCUGUUAAAGAUGUGGUAAAUUGUCAAUAUGUAUAAUAUGCCAGGUUUGAUCAAGCUUCUGAUAGGUUACCUAUGAAGACUUCAUUUGACAGGUCAAGUACUUUAUUCAGAAACCCAGCAUUUUUCUGUAAGUCAUGUUCAGUCUAGUGUUCAUAACACCAGACAGGUGCACAGUUUUGUACAAAUGAGUCCCUUACUGUGAAUUAAAUGUGAGAAUCCAUAAUAAAACUGGAACACUGAAAAUCAGAAUCUAGCUUUAUACAAGGCUGUAGUGAGGGGCUGGGAUAUACUUUUGAGUAGAGUGUAAUAAGGGGUUGCUUGGGGUGGAACUAGAUGGGAAAAACCAAAAUAAAGCCACCUUACCUGGGACUACACAUUGAUGCCCAGAUGAGUGCUGGAGGAGAGCCAACCAGUGUGUUUGGAUAUGUUCCAAGGGCUGCUGAAGUACAGCCAGGACAGCUAGAAACUGGACUGUGGCCUGUACAGCCUGAUGCAACAGGCUAUGCUUACUGAAAAGCCUAUUGACUUCUUGUAUUGCUCCACACAGUGCAAGUUGGUCUGGAUAUUGUCUGAUGAGGGCUUUGUUCUGGAAGGGAGGACUGCUGAUACAGAGACUGUGCUAGAAUGUAGGGAGAGGACCAAAAAGGGAGUAUUGUUCGUAAAGUGCAUGGCUUCUUUCUGCAGGUAAGUGAUCUCACAUGGGUGAACAAUGGUGACUCAUUCCAAUUAGCACUUGAUUUGAACCUGCCAGAUUUGUAGGCUUCUAGAUUCCAGCCAUCACCCCAUUAUCUCUUCCUCAACAAGAAUGAGGCUCUUUUAUGACCUGGUGUUUCAAUAUAGAUUUUGUGCUCUGUCUUCAAGCUGCUUCUUAAUCUUCUAUUUUCUAACCAAAUAGAAUCUUCCCAUACAAGUUGCUUCCUUUGGCUCUCAAUCUCCCAUGACCUCCUUUUCAUUUUCUUUGGGUAACUAUAAGGUUUCCCAAUCCAUACCAUGUCUUCCAACACGAGUCUCCUGAGGUCCAAAUGCUGAAAUCAUAUGGAUUUCAUCUUCGCUACACCUACCACUGCUGCUUGGUUUAUGUCUGAGGGUUGUUGUUCGGAGUUGUUUUCUAAUACACCACCACCAACUGUACUCUGGCCCAUGUAAUGCGUGCUCUAGAAGUAGAGAGUUUGUGCUUUAUAGAAUGGUUAUAAGUCUGACAAGCAUUAUAAUUGUUGUAAAUUGCUUUUCCAUUUUUAUCCUUCUUGCAGUCAUUGCUUUAUCUCUAUUGCAUAUAUAUAUAUUGCAUCCAGAGCCUGUCAUAUAUAUAUAUAUUGCAUCCAGAGCCUGUCAUAUAUAUAUUUUGCAUCCAGAGCCUGUCAGUUGUUGUCAUGCAGCUGACAAAAGGUAGUUUUAAGGCUUCAUUCACCUGGCCUGUUUUUUUCACUAUGUAUUUUAGGAUGAAGUGGUUCUUAAGUACCUGGGUUUCUCCAUUGACCAGAAUGGGAGUUUAGAUUGUGUGUUCUUAUGAAAGCAUCUGUGUUGGAUCAGCUGAGUCACACCCUGGCAGUGUGCUGGUGCUUUGCAGUGCUUUAGGGACAAUAACUGUUCCACUACAGGAUGGAGAAUGAAAGCAGCUGAGAAGUGGGGGAAUCAGUUGAGAAGGUGAACAUUAAGAUGGUACAUUCUUGACAUGCAUCAGAAACAGUGUGGCCAAGCAGGACCAAGGCAAUGAUUGUCCCCUUCUCAGCACUCACACCUCAAAUCCUCUGUUCCCUUUUGGGAUCCCUCACUGCAAGAAAGACAUUGAGGUACUGGAGAAUGUCCAGAGAAGGGCAACAGAGCUGGUAAAGGAUCUGGAGCACAGCUCUGAUGAGAAGCAGCUGACAGAGCUGGGGGUGUUU